UGAGCGCAAAGCUGACCAUGCUACUUCAGCACGGCUGAAAUCAACUUCCGACCCAGCUUGUAUGAGGCCGACUGUCUCCAUUGGCAACCAGAGGAACAGACUUCGAGUUUACCGCAACAAGAACUGACAUAAUGGGAGACGCGGACUUCAGUAAAUACGAUUUAGCGAGUUUACAGGCCGAACUGGAACAGGAGAGAGAAAUGAAAGAGAUGCUGGAGGUGUCUGUGUGUGAUCUGAAGAGCACCAUGGUGGAGCUGGAGGGAAGACUUCACAGCGUGGACGGGGAAGGUAACGAGUGGAGGACGCGAUACGAGACCCAGGUAGAUCUGAACGGCCAGCUGGAGCGACAGAUUACACUCGUUCGCGAAAGAUUGGAGGACCUACAGGGAAACCCCAUGGAUCGACUAGCCUCAAUUCGAUCCUAUGAUGACAUGCCUGUGGAUUCACUGAGGCAAAGGCUGAAGGUCCUGGCCAAUGAGAAGGCAGCACUGCAGGAACAGCUGAUAGACUGCAGACUGAGGAUUGAACAGGAGGGGAAGGCCUUUCAUAAGACCAACGAUGAGAGACGUGCCUAUCUGUCAGAAAUAGCAAAGUUGUCAUCCACCCUGGACGCCACCAGACGGCAGUUCCUGUUCCAGCCACGUAGUAAGAGGGCACCAGAGAGCCGGCAGUAUUCAGUCCAGCCAUGCAGAGCACCAGAGAGUCAGAUGAGAAAAGGGAAGAAGACGUGCAAGCAGGCUGAAGAUGAGCCCAGCAGAAGAGAAAGAAUAGAAAAAAGAAGAGGAACCGAAGGAGUGAGGAAAGCUGAAACGGGGAGCAGAUUACCCACAGUAAAGCACUGAGACACCCCUAUGUCCCUCUCUCUCAAUACCUCUACCCAUCUCCCUCUCUGUUUCUCAAUCCAACAAGUCUGCUUUGAUUGGUGUAAUAAAAUGGUGU